CUCUCUUCCGUAAUCGCAACAUCAUCACUGCCGGGCACGCAAUUCGCUCCGUUAAGAAACCCGCCAGAAAAGUCCCCUCAUUCCUCCAGUCGCUCACAACACACCGUAAUCAUGAAAGCCAUCAUCCUUGUUGGAGGGUUUGGCACCCGUCUGCGACCUCUCACCCUCACCUAUCCUAAACCCCUCGUCGAAUUCGCGAACAAGCCUAUGAUUCAGCAUCAAAUAGAAGCACUAGCCGCCGCUGGCGUCACCCACAUUGUCCUCGCAGUAAACUACAGACCGGAGAUCAUGGCCGAGGCAUUGAAGAGCUAUGAGGAGAUGUACGACGUCAAGAUUGACUUCUCCGUCGAGACGGAACCGUUGGGCACCGCGGGUCCCCUCAAGCUCGCCGAGGGCAUUUUGGGCAAGGACGACUCUCCCUUCUUCGUACUCAACGCGGACGUCACAUGCGAAUAUCCGUUCAAGAGACUUGCCGAGUUCCACAAAGCGCACGGAGACGAGGGCACCAUUGUUGUAACCAAGGUUGAGGAACCGUCCAAGUACGGUGUUGUGGUGCACAAGCCCAAUCACCCGUCCCGGAUCGAUCGUUUCGUGGAGAAGCCCGUCGAGUUCGUCGGAAACCGUAUCAAUGCCGGUAUCUACAUUCUCAACCCCAGUGUGCUCAGGCGCAUCGAGCUCAGGCCCACCUCCAUCGAGCAGGAGACCUUCCCCGCCAUGGUCAAGGACGGUCAGCUGCACUCAUUCGACCUGGAGGGCUUCUGGAUGGACGUGGGACAACCUAAGGACUUCAUCUCCGGCACCUGCCUCUACCUAUCUUCGCUUUCCCGCAUGGGCUCCAAGCUCCUCACUCCUGUCACCGAGCCCUACGUCCACCAAGGCAAUGUCCUGAUCGACCCUUCGGCCAAGAUCGGUAAGGGCUGCCGCAUUGGCCCCAAUGUUACAAUUGGUCCCAACGUUGUCAUUGGCGAUGGUGUCCGCCUGCAACGCUGUGUUGUUCUCAAGAACAGCAAGAUCAAGGAUCACGCUUGGAUCAAGUCCACCAUCGUCGGCUGGAACUGCACCGUCGGCAAGUGGGCACGCCUAGAGAACGUAACCGUGCUUGGCGACGACGUCUCCAUCGGCGAUGAAGUCUACGUCAACGGCGGCUCCGUUCUCCCCCACAAGUCCAUCAAGCAGAACAUCGACACGCCCUCUGUGAUCAUGUAAUUGCGCCGUAUUCUUUUUCAUGGCUCUAGCGCAUGUUUACUACCCUUUCGCACUGCCCCGACUUCAGUGGGCUGCUGCAAAAGAGUUGCUUAUACCCUUUAAUUAGCAUGCCCCUUCUUGUAUCCUUUUGCAUUGCGG